AUGGAAUCUGAAAUUUCUGUGUUAAUAAUCCGUAAUACCUAUUGUCCGGAUAGCCUACUAACCGAAAUUUUUAAAUCUUUAACAAUCCCGGUGAUUAUCCAAGCGGUUACUGAUGAUAGCCCUCGGAAUACAAACAUUUCCCGACCACUUCAUCUCCUUUGUUUCCAAGGACAUGAAGAGAAAAAAGAUUUGGACAAUCUUCAAAAUCUAUUUAAAUCUUUAGAGCACUUUUGCGAUGAUAAAAUAAUACUUUAUAGUGCAAACACCUUCUCAAAUCAGAGCAGAAUGGAACUCCUACUAAAAAAAUGCUACGAUUUAAGAAUUUUAAAAGUUGUUGGACUCAUAGCUGGAGAAGAGACUACGUACUUUUACCAAUAUCAGCCCUACCCUCGAUUUAGAAUGGAGCGUAUUCUUCUUGGAGCUUCACCAAUAUUUCCUUCAACUUUUCCAAACAUGCAAGGACAUCCAUUGAUUGUGAUGCCCGACCAAUGGCUCCCUAGGUCUAUUCUCUAUAAAGAUAGACGCAGUGGCAAACAGAUACUAGCCGGUUCCGUGGGGCGUUUUAUGUACGUAUUAGCCUGGAAGCUAAAUGCCACUCUGAAGCUAGCUCCUGCAGUUACCCCAGGACGAUUUCUGCGUUCAAGUACUCUACGAGAACUAGGCGAUAAGUUGGGUAUUGACGUUUCAGCCAGCAUUUCAAUGCAGGAAAAUGGAGACCAGCUACACCGCAGUAGUUAUCCUCUUGAGAUGACUCAUAUUUGCCUAAUGAUUCCUAUGGCCCAACCGAUACCCCUGCGGGACAUAUACCGGUAUAUAAACAGCCCUUAUAAUAUUCUCCUGGCUGUGAGUAUUGCUUACGCCUACGGAUUGGUGUUAUGUCUCCUCCAGAGGCUGAACGGCGAAGCCGUCCACUUGGAGGACUUUCUCCUGAAUGACAGAGCCCUACUAGGAAUUCUGGGUCAAUCCUUCAGGUUACCUUGUCCAGCAAGUAAUAGGUGGAUCUAUUUGAUGUUGGGCAUCGUGGGCUUAAAUGUGAGCAGCAUUUUCGAGGCGGCUCUGGAAACCAUGAUGGCUCACCCGCCAAGGCAGUUCCAGGCCCGAAGCUUUGCCGAUCUCCAGAGGACCAGACUACCAUUGGUUACAACCGAGGAGGAUCUUCACACUGUUAUCGAUAUGCAUCUUAACCUUCUGGUGCUGAAUGUAAGCGAGUACCAUGAGGUGAGGAGCAGCGGAAAUUCCAGCAGCGCUUACUUUGCCUCGCGUCUUCAUUGGACUCUGUUUAGUGAACAGCAAAAGCGCUUCAGCCGGGAGCUGUUUAUAUACUCAAUGGAGGCUUGUAUGUGGUCUCUAGCUCUCAUGUCUUUCCAGUGGCCAGGUGCUUCCUGGUUUAUAGAGCCCGUAAGCAAACUGAUUCUAGAGGUGAGGGCGAACGGAUUGUACCAGUACUGGGUGGGAAUGCACCACUAUGACAUGACAGAAGCAGGGUUGGCUGGAAUAGAUGAUCCUGUUGCCCAAUAUACACAACAAAAAGCCAUCUUGCGUCUGGACGAUCUUCAGUGGGUAUGGUUGGCUUAUGGAGUACUUGUCACUGCUUCUACUAUAAUUUUCCUUCUUGAAAUCAUCUGGAAAGGAUUAAAAAUUAAAUUAUCAUUUAACUUAUAA